AAAAUUUGAAAAAACCCCGUGUGUGAAAACUCAAAGAACGGCAAAACUCCCGCUUUAGUUUCACUCACCUUAGUACUCACAUCACUUUUUUAACAAGCAGGCGGUAUCUUUUCGGAGAGGGCGGGUUGAAAUUUCAGAUAAGUCAAGACUCUUUCUCAAAACUUAAAAUGGCUACCUCUCUCAACAUUGUUCUCUAUCAGCUUUCCUCACUUCUCCAUCUCUCUUAUCUCACUUUCAAUUGCAGGGUAAAUUAAAGUCGCUUUCAUUCAAUCAACAGCAAACGGGGACUCACUGAACCGACUCGAGCUUCAAACAAAACUAGGUGCUAAUUUGGGGUUGAAUUAGCUUUGGGGGCCAAAUCUUGGGCUAGCUUGGAUUCGUGUGGGUAUGCACAGAUCUGAGAUGGGGAGGUGCCAUGAGAGCUACAGUGUGCAUCCAGAAGUUUGAUGUCUAUCAAUGGAGAACAAUCGAUCUUAUCAAGCUUGUUCUGAUGCUUCAAGCAACAGUUUACCCGAGGGUUCCAAUCUUUUUGAUGGUGUUGAUCUUGAGAACCUUGGAAAGGACUGGAUUCCCGAAUGUCCCGACAGGUCAAAACCUAAAAUGGGUCAACGUUUCAGUGAUCUUGAUCAGGGCUAUAUCUUUUAUAAGGAAUAUGGCAGACAAUCUGGAUUCGAUGUACGUCGUUCAACCGAAAAGAGUGAUAGGUUUGGUAACACUAUAACAAAGUAUUACGUGUGUUCUAGGUCAGGUAGGCCGGAAGACAAAAAUCUUGACGAGAACACAAAAAGAAGAAGAACUAUAUCAACAAAGUGCGAAUGUCAUGCAGAACUUGUGCUUGGGAUUCACGACGGUGGAGGAUUUUUUGUUAAAAAAUUUACAGAGGCUCACAAUCAUCCGUUUGCAGGCAAGGGGGGAAUGCAAUUCUUGAGGUGCAGCAGGUCCCUCUUUGAUUUCCAUAUGAGGUUCAUUGUUGAUGCUUCUAAAUCAAACAUUGGUGCCUCACGAGCCUUUACCAUUCUAAAGUCCAUGAUUGGUUCAUAUGAGGAUAUAGGAGCUACUGUUGUUGAUUUUAAAAACUUUUCUAGGGAUAUUAAAAAACAUAUUGGGAAGCACGAUGCUGAUAUGAUUAUUUAGAAAUUCAAGGAUAUACAAGAUUCAUCAGACCCCCAUUUUAGAUUUGAAUACCGAACUGACUCACAUAAUCAUCUAACUCAACUAUUCUGGGCAGACGGUGAUUGCAGAAAAAAUUAUGAAGUUUUUGGUGAUGCGGUUUCAUUUGAUGCAACGUAUAGGACAAACAGGUCAACUGGUUAAUAUUUUACGAUAUAUAGUUCGGUAUACAAGUUGCCAACUAAUAUUUUUUAUUUUUUAAAGGUAUGGAAUGGUUUUUAUUCCGCUAGUGGGGAUAGAUAACCAUUGGAAGAGUGUAACUUUUGGUGCAAUAUUGCUUGAGAAGGAAGAUAACGAUAACUAUAUAUGGGCCUGUGAAUCCUUCAAGAAAGUUUUUGUCAAGAAUCCUAAAUGUAUAAUCACAGAUCAGGACCUUGCAAUGAAGGUUGCUCUCCAAACUUGCUUUCCGUUAGUUAAGCAUCGUCUUUGCAUGUGGUAUAUAAUGAAAAAAUUUCCCUCAAAGCUUGGUACUGUUUUCUGCGCCGAGUCAGGCUUCAUGGAGAAACUUAACCAGUUUAUCUGGUCAGAUCAUAUUACUCCAGAAGAGUUUGAACAAGGAUGGUCUGAUGCUAUUGAAGAAUUUGACUUGAGUGACAAUGUAUGGCUCAGGGAAAUGUUUGAACUGAGGAAUUUUUGGAUUCCAGCAUACUUUAAUGACGAGCCAAUGGUUGGCCUUCUCCGAACAACAUCUAGAUCAGAGAGUUCUAAUUUUUAUUUUGGCAAUUAUGUUCAAAGAGGAGACACACUUUCAGAGUUUUAUCUCUGUUAUCAAAGUGCAAUUGACAAACAGAGGAAUAACUCGAAGAAAUUGACCCACUAUGAUGAUUUCACACCAAAGUUAAUCACUGACAGAGAGAUUGAGAAGGAUGCACUGAGGCUUUACACCAGGGCUAUGUUCUAUAAAGUACAGGAGGAGAUCAAAGCUGGUAGUAUGGAUAUUGUCGUCUUGAGCAUGAAUUUUUCGGAGAAUACAAGAACAAUAAUGAUUCAAGACACAUUCAAAAAGGGAAUCACUUUCAAGGUUGCAGUUAACAUAGAAACAAACAAUAUUGAAUGUUCGUGCAAACUUUUCACCAGAGCUGGUUACCUAUGCUCUCAUGCUUUUUUCUGCCUUGGCAUAUGUGGAAUAAAAUUAAUACCAAGACAGAAUGUAUGCAACAGGUGGCUGAAGAAUGCCAUAGAGCGUUUCAGUACACUAGAGCUUGGAGAAAUAUCUGAUACUGGUACAACACAAUUAUCUAGACGGGUUAAGUCGCAAGAUUGUUGGUUUGAAUUUCAGGGUUGUCUCAGUGAUGCAUCUGGGAAUCCCGAUAUUUUGGAGUAUAUUAGAAGUGGCCUGAGUAGUAUGCGUAAGCACAUUACAGUGACAAUGAAGAAGCCAAGGACACGAUUGAAUUCUGAACAAAUUGAAGAAUUAAUAGAUUCUCGUGUUGUUGAAGAGGUGACCAUACAGAAUCCUAACAAAAGCAACAACAAAGGCAGCAGAAAAAGGAUUGUAUCUGGAGCAGAAAAGUCUAUUGGCUGUAACAAAAGAAAGAAGAGGAAGUGUGCAACAUGCAAGGAAUAUGCUUUUCAUGAUUCAAGAACAUGUCCUGAAAAAAACUGAAUGAUCGAUUUUGUUUUGUUUUAAUUUUUUAUAUGAAUCUGGGUUUGUUAGUUGGAGAUUAAACUUUUUUACAUUUUUCAAUUUUGAAUGAAUUUGUAGUUGGAUCCUA